AAUUCGUGUUAAUUUUCUUUUCGGAUUUUUCGGAGUGUGGCCACUCUGGAGACAGCCACAACUUCUUCUUCUACCAUUCUUCAUUCUAAACAUUGUUUCGUAAUUAUCUUCUUCAACUUGAGCCUGGCGGUGGUUGUCGGUGACAGUGGCUAUGGCUUCGAAGACCAAGACUAGUGUGUCGGAAACUACUCCUGGAAAAUCAUCUCCUUCAACUCCAAGAGUAGCAAAAUUAAGUAGGCCAGUGAAUAAAUCUGAAACCAGUUCUCCAAGCUCGCGCCUUUCACUUGAUCGUUCUUCCCCAUCUUCAAAGUCUUCUCCUGCUGAGAGACGAUCACCAAAGGUUCCAACUCCACCAGAGAAAACUCAAGCGCGGGGAUUAGUGGCGAAAGGAUCUGAGCCGCAGACCAGGUUGACUCUGACUCAAAUCAAAGAAGAUCUGAAGAAAGCUAAUGAGAAGAUAUCAUCAUUAGAGAAGGAGAAAGCUAAAGCACUUGAUGAACUCAAAGAAGCUAAAAAAGAGGCUGAAGAAGCAACUCUGAAGCUGGACGAUGCUUUAAAAGCUCAAAAAAGCGCCGAGGAGAGUUCAGAGAUUGAGAGGUUUCAGGCUGUUGAGGCAGGGAUGAAGAAAGAAGAAGAGUUAAAGAAAGAACUCGAGGAUGUCAAGAACCAACAUGCUUCUGAUUCCGCUGCUAUUCUCUCGGUUAGACAGGAGCUUGAGAAGGUCAAUGAAGCAUUAGCUGCAGCCAAUGAGGCCAAGAGCAAGGCCUUGAGCCAAGCGGAUGAUUCUAGCAAGACUGCUGAGAUUCAUGCGGAGAAAGUUGAGAUCUUGUCUUCGGAGCUGACGAGGUUGAAAGCUCUGCUUGAUUCAACCCGAGAGAAGAAGGAGAUUACAAGCAGCGAAGUGGUUGCUAAACUAGAAGAGGAGAUUGUGGGUUUGAAGAGAGAUCUUGAGAAAGCGAAAGGCUUUGAGGCAGAGGUUAAAGAGCAAGAGAUGACCAUCGGGAAGCUUAAAGCUGAUCUCGAAGCUGCAAAGGCGGGAGAAUCUUCUGCACAGAGCUCAUCUGAGGAGUGGAAGAGCAAAGCCAAAGAGCUGGAGGAACAGUUAAAAGAAGCUAACGAGUUGGAGAGAUCUGUGAUGAAACAACUCGAAGGAAGCAAUGAUAAGUUGCACGAAACAGAAUCCGAAAUCACUCAUCUCAAGGAGAAGAUCGUUGCCUUGGAGACAACAGUUGCUAGACAAAAGGAGGAUCUUGAGGAAUCUGAGCAACGGUUAGAAGAACUGUCCAAGAUCGAAAAAGAAGUAGAGAGCUUAAAGAACGAGCUUGAAACCGCCGAGGAGGAGAAGAACCGUGCAUUAGAUAAAGAGCAAGAUACUUCUCUAAACGUCCAGAGACUCCUGGAACAGAGAAAGAAGCUCUUAGCAGACCUGGCAAUCUCAAAGGAGGAAGAGGAGAAGAGCAAGAAAGCAAUGGAGAGCCUAGCUUCUGCCUUGCACGAAGUUUCGAGCGAAGGAAGGGAGAUGAAAGAGAGGCUGCUGAGCCAAGGCGACCACGAGUACGAGACGCAGAUAGAAGACCUGAAGCUGGUCAUCAAAGCGACGAGCGAGAAGUACGAGAACAUGCUGGAGGAAGCGAGGCACGAGAUCGAUGUGCUCGUUAGCGCGGUGGAGCAGACCAAGAAGCAUUUCGAGGGGUCGAAGACUGAGUGGGAGAUGAGAGAAGCGAAUCUGGUGAGCUACGUGAAGAAGAUGGAAGAGGAAGUUGCUUCGAAAGGGAAAGAGAUGAAUCGGUUGGAUAAUCUGCUGAAGAGGACUAAGGAGGAAGCUGAUGCGGCUUGGAAGAAGGAAGCUCAGACGAAAGAGAGUUUGAGAGAAGUGGAAGAGGAGAUGGUUUAUCUUCAGGAGUCUCUUGGGGAAGCAAAGGCAGAGAGUAUGAAACUGAAAGAGAAUCUGUUGGAUAAAGAAACAGAGUUUCAGAGCGUGGUUCACGAGAACGAGGAUCUGAAGGCAAAGGAAGAUGUUGCUACAAAGAAGAUAGAGGAGCUAUCGAAGUUACUAGAGGAAGCAACAUUGGCCAAGAAGAAAGCAGAAGAGGAGGAGGAGGUGGAGCUCAGUGAAACUGAAAAGGAGUAUGAUUUGCUACCGAAAGUGGUUGAGUUUUCAUCUGAGAACGGUCAUAAAAGUGUAGAAGAGAAGUCUCCUAAAGUCAAAACCAUUGACGAGGAAGCUCCAGAGGAACAUAUCAGCAAUGGGAAUGGUGUGGAGGAGAAAGACAUGAAUGGAAUGAAGGAGAAGAAAGAAGAAUGUCAAGGUGAUGAUGACAAAGAUGAUUCGGUGAAAGUUAUGUUCAAAAUGUGGGAAAGUUGCCAAAUCGAGAAGAAAGAAGCGUUUCCAGACAAGAAUCUUCCACUAGAGACUCAAGAAGAAGAGGAAGAAGACUCGAGCAAAAUCGAUGAAAACGAUAAAACCUCAACAGAGAACAACGUAGAUGAAAUCGGAACCGAAGAUCAGCUUGUGAUGGAGAAGAAACUCAAGAAGAAGAAGACUUUGCUUGGUAAAGUUGGGAACCUUCUCAAGAAGAAAGCACCUGUGAACCCAAAAUAACAAAACUCUUCGAGGUAAUGAAAGCUUAUAUAUAGAAGAAACAUAUAUGUCUCUGUAUACUUCAUCAGUGUUCGUUAUAUAUAUUUGUUGGUUUCUGAUUCUUUUUCUUUGAUUAUGUAAAGGUUUGUGUGUUUAUGUGAUGAUAGACUUAUGUGUUGAACUGGAAUCUUUUUGGUUCACUUUU